CUGAAGUUAAGGCGAAGAUUAGUAUAACACAGCCUUGUUUAUCAGGCUGACAUUGCAUGUUUGUGAACUGCAUGCAACAAUUGAAGAAUUGUGUAAACCGCAUUUACACGGGUUGAAUUGUUCAUUUCUCAUCGGUAAAAGUCAAAAGUUAAAAUGUUUAAGGGAUAUAAAAUAGUAAUAUUUCUGUCGGUGUUGACAUUCGGCGGUGAAUUUUCACGGGCUGAAAAUGAAAAUCAGAAUCACGACGCCACUGAGCCCCAGAUUCCAGUUGUUCUUUGGCACGGAAUGGGUGACAGCUGCUGCUUUUCUUUUAGUCUUGGGCAGAUAACGAAGAUACUCGAAGUCCAUUUAACUGGUGUAUACGUUAAAUCCAUUCGUAUCGGGGAUUCCGAAAUUGAGGAUGUUGAAAAUAGCUUCUUCAAAAAUGUAAACGACCAAGUUGCCGAAGCCUGUAAUCAAUUGGCGCAGGACAGCCGUCUUCAAGACGGAUACAACGCCAUAGGAUUUUCACAAGGAGGACAAUUUCUACGAGCGGUCGCCCAGAGGUGUCCCAACCCGCCAAUGCUCAACCUUAUUUCUCUUGGGGGUCAACACCAAGGAGUCUACGGCCUUCCACAUUGCGGAUCCCUGGAGCAUCGUCUCUGCGACUACUUGCGACGGAUGCUUAACUAUGCAGCCUAUCUUAAGGUGGUGCAGCGAAAACUGGUUCAGGCCCAAUACUGGCACGACCCGCUGAAGGAAGAUGAGUACAAAAAUAAUAGUAUCUUCCUCGCUGAUAUCAACAACGAGCUAAUUUUUAAUAAGGAGUACAAAAAGAACCUUCAGAAACUCAAGAAGCUGGUGCUGGUGAUGUUUGAGAACGACACGAUGGUCCAACCACGACAAUCGGAAUGGUUUGGAUUCUACAAACCAGGACAAUCCGUUCAACUUGAAACUCUUCAAGAGUCUGCCAUCUACAAGGAGGAUCGUCUCGGUCUACGUGCCAUGGACAAAGCCGGGAAGAUUGACUUUUUGUCCAUUGCAGUGGAUCAUCUUCAAUUCACGGAUGUUUGGUUUAUCGAGAAUAUAAUUAAAAAAUAUUUGGUUGCGAAUUCUUCAGGAUUUUAACUAAAUCCAUAUACUCUAGGCAUAAGGAUUGAUAUGUUUUUAUACAAUAAUUUUCUACUCAAAAUAAGAUUAAGCUCUUGAUUGUAAAAUGACUAUAAAUAGAAAUUACUUUUGAAGAUCUAAAUAUACUGUAACGAACAAAAUAAAUAUACUCAUAAAAUAAUUC